AUGGCCGGUCCCGGUGGUGGCCCUCCGCGCAAGAGCCAUACAAAGUCCCGCAAUGGAUGUAAGACAUGCAAGAAGCGCCAUAUUCGUUGCGACGAGACCUUCCCACAAUGUCGCAAUUGCACCAAGCACAACUGUCGUUGUGACUACCAAGAUGUUGCGGCCAUCCAAAGCAGCUCCCCCACUUCACGGCGGAGGCCUGACCUGCUGAUGUCGCCGGAGAUCGAGAUGGAAAUCGAGAACUGGCAAAGAACAGGCAUCCCUCCUUACUCCGAGCUGAUUCAGUGUCCUCGAGCUGGCUGGUCGGGACUCUCGCGGGUCGACCUGCGUUUGAUCCACCACAUCAUCGGACUUUCCAUCGAUCUACAUCGGCGAGGGUUGAGUGCCACGACUGUGUGGGCGCAGAAGAUGCCCCACUUCCUUGCUAUCGGACUUUCUAACGACUUCGUGAUGAACGCCAUCUUGGCUCUUUCAGCCUUGCACCUCGCCUACCUCACGCAAGACCAGGAGACCAAGCAGCUUGCUUAUCACCACAAGGUCACAGCGCUUCGAGGCCUACAGACCGCCAUCGGCGCAUUCUCCAAAGAUAACUGCGAGGCUAUCCUGGCAGCUUCCAUUCUUCUUUCGUGGCAGGCAACGGAACGUCAAAGUUGGACAUCACUCCAACAUGGGAUUUCCACUGUCCUCGAUUCAAUGUACCCUUACUGGAAGCAGGAGUCUGAGUUGGCACAGCUUGUGGAAAGCCACCGCGCAUUUGGCGGUUCGGAUUACUCACUGUCUCUGGAUGAGGACCUGGGACAACUUGACCAGACUAUCCACGCUCUGCAGAUUGCCCGUAAACGAGUCUCUCACAAUUCCGAGUACCACACACGCCUCGGUGAGCUGGUCGACUUCGUGCAAAAGUUCCGCAAAGACUAUCCUAUACAAACUCCCGAACAGGCCUUUGAGCGCAUUCAAGUGCUUCGACAGUGGCUUUUCUGGAUGCCCACCUCCUUGUUGCGAGGCGGCGACUCGGAACCCAGUGCACUUGCCAUUCUCUCUCAGUACUUUGCCGUCGGCAUUGUUCUCGACCGCUUCUACCCCGAGAUGGGUGGCGCAUAUCUCGGUGCGUUAUCCAUCGGGCCUAUUGAAGAGAUGUACCGCCUCCUCGCCGCACACAAUGCGAACGAUCCCUUCAACGAAGAGUUGAGCCUCGCAAUCACAUUGAUGGACUUACCGCGGCACGUCGUGGCACGCUAUCGCAGCCUUCUCGCCUGGUCGCCCCACCCUUCGAUCGAGCAUUACUCUCCUGGUCCGGCGAGCCCAUACCACGGCCUGACCGAAUACCCCAUCGCCUCGUCCUCCUCUCCCGCAUCUGCGUCUCCUUCUUAUAUUGCAUACACUCCGCCUCUUCAAUCUCCUCCCGCAGUCACCGUCGCCGGCUCCGGUUCUCCCUACCAACUUGCAGAUGGCUACGUCACCGCUGCCCCCUCGCACACCAUGUACCCGCCCUCUCCGCAUCUCCUAGACAACCACGAUCCACAACUCGCCAUGCCGGAUCCAUCCAAGGAGCUUCAGCCUUCACACCCCCCAUACGGCAAUGACGUUCUCUGUGGCGAUCUGAGUCGCGCGGACCCCACACUGGGUCUCAACAUGGAUCUAUAUCAGCAGACACAAUCCUUUGGGAUCUCUGGCCUCUCAGCCCCCGAGACUUGCUGGACAUGA